AUGUGCGGUAUCUUCGCCUGCCAUUGCCACCCCGAUGUCAAACAAUUUCGCAGCACCGCGAUCCGCAUGGGCAAGCAAGUCAAACACCGCGGCCCGGACUGGAGCGGCAACCACACCGCCAACAACACCAUCCUCGUGCACGAACGCCUCUCCAUCGUCGGCGUCGACACGGGCGCCCAACCGAUCUUGAAUGAAGACGAAUCCAUCGCCCUAGCUGUCAAUGGCGAGAUCUACAACCAUAAGAUUUUAAGGAAGCGACUACAUCACCAGUACCCGUUCAAGACCCACAGCGAUUGCGAGGUCAUCAUCCCGCUGUAUCAGGAACAUGGCAUUGAUGCGCCGAAGCACCUGGAUGGGAUGUUCUCGUGGGUCUUGCAUGAUAAGAAGCAAGAUCGUUUGAUCGCGGCGAGGGAUCCGAUUGGAAUCACCACGUUCUAUAUGGGACGGUCGACGCAGACGCCGGGUGCGGUGUACUUUGCCUCGGAGUUGAAAUGCCUGCAUCCCGUCUGCGACCAAAUUGACUUCUUCCCGCCGGGACAUGUGUAUGAUAGCAAGACGGAUAAGCUCACGCCGUACUAUACCCCGAAGUGGCUGAUGGAGCCAUCGAACAUCCCUUCGACACCCUUGGAUCUGACGCACUUGAGGGAGAUGUUUGAGAGGUCGGUGAGGAAGCGGUUGAUGGCUGAGGUGCCGUAUGGGGUGCUUUUAUCUGGAGGUCUGGACAGUUCGCUCGUGGCCGCAAUCGCACAGAGGGAGACACUGAGACUGCAAAGAGAAUACUCGAAGAAGCUAGCAGCCAUGCAGUCCGGGACCACAACCCCCAGCACCAACGGCUUCGUCAACGGCACGCCCGCCGUCCCCACCAACGGCGAAGAAGACAGUCUAACCGGCAUUGACGAAAACUACAAACUCACCGACGUCCCCGUCCUCUCCCAACUCAACAGCUUCUCCAUCGGCCUCCCGGGGGCCCCGGACUCCAAAGCCGCGCUCGAAGUCGCCAAGUUCUUGGGGACAAAACACCACUCCCUCACCUUCACCAUCCAAGAAGGCCUCGACGCCCUGUUUGAUGUGAUUUUCCACCUCGAAUCCUUCGACGUCACCACCAUCCGCGCCAGCACGCCCAUGUUCCUGCUCGCGCGCAAGAUCAAGGCCAUGGGCGUGAAAAUGGUGUUGUCGGGUGAAGGGUCGGAUGAGAUUUUCGGGGGCUAUCUUUACUUCCAUAAUGCGCCGGACAAGAAGGCUUUCCACGAGGAGACGGUGCGGAGGGUCAAGAAUUUGCAUCUGGCGGAUUGUCUGCGCGCGAACAAGUCGACGAGUGCAUGGGGGGUGGAAGCCCGGGUGCCGUUCCUGGAUAAAGAGUUCCUGGACACGGCGAUGAAUAUCGAUCCGGCGGAGAAAAUGAUCACCAAGGGGAAGAUUGAGAAAUACAUUCUCCGGCAAGCCUUUGAUCCUGCUUCCUUGGCUCCGGGCGCGAAGGCCUAUUUACCGCAUCACAUCCUCUGGCGGCAGAAGGAGCAAUUCUCCGACGGCGUGGGCUACGGCUGGAUCGACGCGUUGAAGGAUGAGGCGAAGAAGAUGGUUUCGGAUGAGCAAAUGAAGGUGGAAGCCAUGAAGAAGGAUCAUCCGCAGUGGGAGGAGGGGGAUUUCCCGGAUAGUAAGGAGGCGUAUUGGUAUCGGUGUAUGUUUGAUGAGCACUUCCCGGCGUAUUGUGCCAGUACGGUGAUGCGGUGGACGCCUACUUGGUCGAAGCAGACGGAUCCGAGUGGGCGGGCGGUGGCGACGCAUGAUGCUGCUUAUAAGGGUGGGGAGGGGAAGUGA